AUGGGCAACGCGGGGAGCGUGGACUCGCAGCAGACGGAGUUCAGGGCGCACAGCGUGCCCCUCAAGCUGCCCAUGCCCGAGCCCGGUGAGCUGGAGGAGCGCUUCGCCGUCGUCCUGAAUGCCAUGAACCUGCCUCCCGACAAAGCCCGGCUCCUGCGGCAGUACGACAACGAGAAGAAGUGGGAGCUCAUCUGUGACCAGGAAAGAUUUCAAGUGAAGAAUCCUCCUCACACCUACAUCCAGAAGUUGAAAGGCUAUCUGGACCCAGCUGUAACCAGGAAGAAAUUCAGGAGGAGAGUCCAAGAGUCUACUCAAGUACUCCGAGAACUGGAAAUUUCUUUAAGAACAAAUCACAUUGGAUGGGUCAGGGAGUUCCUGAAUGAAGAAAACAAAGGCCUGGAUGUUCUGGUGGAGUACUUGUCGUUUGCACAGUAUGCAGUCACGUUUGACUUUGAAAGCUUGGAGAACAACGUGGAAAACUCCAUGGAGAAGUCCAAACCUUGGAGCCGCUCCAUCGAGGACCUGCACAGGGGCAGCAACCUGCCCUCCCCGGUUGGCAACAGCAUUUCCCGCGCCGGCAGGCACUCGACCUUGCGGUACAACACCUUGCCCAGCCGGAGAACGCUCAAAAACUCCAGAUUAGUGAGUAAAAAAGAUGAUGUCCACGUCUGCAUCAUGUGUUUACGGGCCAUAAUGAACUACCAGUAUGGGUUCAAUAUGGUCAUGUCCCAUCCACACGCCGUGAAUGAGAUCGCCCUGAGCCUGAACAACAAGAACCCCAGGACAAAGGCCCUUGUCUUAGAGCUUUUAGCAGCUGUUUGCCUCGUCAGAGGAGGACACGAAAUCAUUUUAUCUGCCUUUGAUAACUUCAAGGAGGUGUGUGGGGAGAAGCAGCGCUUUGAGAAGCUGAUGGAGCACUUCAGAAACGAAGACAACAACAUAGACUUCAUGGUGGCCUGCAUGCAGUUCAUCAACAUCGUGGUCCACUCAGUGGAGGACAUGAACUUCAGAGUCCACCUCCAGUAUGAAUUCACAAAGCUUGGCCUGGAUGAGUACUUGGACAAACUGAAGCACACAGAGAGUGACAAACUGCAGGUGCAAAUCCAGGCUUACCUGGACAACGUCUUUGACGUGGGAGCUUUGCUGGAGGAUGCUGAAACCAAGAAUGCAGCCCUGGAAAGAGUUGAAGAACUGGAAGAAAACAUUUCCCAUUUAUCUGAAAAACUCCAAGACACUGAGAAUGAAGCCAUGGCCAAGAUUGUGGAACUGGAGAAGCAGCUGAUGCAAAGGAACAAAGAACUGGAUGUGAUUCGGGAAAUCUACAAAGAUGCAAACACCCAGGUCCACACCUUGAGAAAAAUGGUGAAAGAAAAAGAGGAGGCCAUCCAGCGGCAGUCAACGCUGGAGAAGAAGAUCCAUGAGCUGGAGAAGCAAGGAACCAUUAAGAUCCAGAAGAAAGGGGAUGGUGACAUCUCCAUCCUGCCUGUCGCUCUGGCCUCUGGGAUGGUGCCAGCAGGGGCAGAGGUUGUGGCUGGCACGUGUGUGGCACCGGUCGCCGGAGCUGCCUCCUCAGUACCUUUGCCACCACCUCCCCCACCCCUACCCACCUUAGCAACAGCAGCUGAGGCAGUGCACAACGGUCCUGUGUCGGUGCCGAUGCCACCUCCGCCGCCUCCACCACCACCUCCACCACCACCACCACCUCCUCCUCUCCCAGGCCCAUCUUUGGAGAUGGCUCCUGCAGCUCCACUGCCCCCACCACCCCCACCAUCAGCACCCCCCCUGCCUGGGACAGCCUCUCCCACCGUGGUCUUCAACUCAGGACUUGCAGCUGUGAAGAUCAAGAAGCCAAUCAAGACCAAGUUCCGCAUGCCGGUGUUCAACUGGGUUGCCCUCAAGCCCAACCAGAUCAACGGGACAGUCUUCAACGAGAUAGAUGAUGAAAGGAUCCUGGAGGAUUUAAACGUGGAUGAAUUUGAAGAGAUAUUCAAAACAAAAGCCCAAGGUCCAGCCAUUGACCUGACUUCAAGCAAGCAGAAGAUAACUCAGAAAGGGUCAAACAAAGUCACCUUGCUGGAUGCCAACAGGGCCAAAAACUUGGCCAUAACUCUGAGGAAAGCUGGGAAGACAGCAGAUGAGAUCUGCAAAGCCAUCCACGUGUUUGACCUGAAGACGUUGCCAGUGGACUUUGUUGAGUGCCUGAUGAGGUUCCUGCCCACUGAGAACGAGGUGAAGGUGCUGCGGCUGUACGAGCGCGAGAGGAAGCCCAUCGAGAACCUGUCCGACGAGGACCGCUUCAUGAUGCAGUUCAGCAAGAUUGAGAGGCUGAUGCAGAAGAUGACCAUCAUGGCCUUCAUAGGCAACUUUGCAGAGAGCAUCCAGAUGCUGACCCCACAACUUCACGCAAUAAUAGCUGCAUCUGUCUCAAUAAAGUCAUCCCAAAAGCUUAAGAAGAUCCUGGAGAUCAUCUUGGCUCUUGGGAACUACAUGAACAGCAGUAAGAGAGGAGCUGUGUAUGGAUUUAAGCUACAGAGUUUAGACCUGCUGCUGGAGACGAAGUCAACAGACCGCAAGCAGACCCUGCUGCACUACAUCUCCAACGUGGUGAAGGAGAAGUACCAGCACGUGUCCCUCUUCUACAAUGAGCUUCACUACGUGGAGAAGGCUGCUGCAGUGUCUCUUGAAAAUGUCCUCUUGGAUGUGAAGGAGCUGCAGAGGGGCCUGGAUCUGACGAAGCGUGAGUACACCAUGCAUGACCACAACACCAUGCUGAAGGAGUUCAUUCAGAACAAUGAGGGGAAGCUAAAGAAACUGCAGGAUGAUGCCAAAAUUGCCCAGGAUGCCUUCGAUGAUGCUGUCAAGUACUUUGGGGAGAACCCCAAGACCACCCCCCCUUCGGUCUUCUUCCCAGUGUUUGUCCGGUUUGUGAAGGCCUACAAGCAAGCAGAAGAGGAGAAUGAGUUGAGGAAAAAGCAGGAACAAGCCUUAAUGGAAAAACUUAUGGAGCAGGAAGCCUUGAUGGAGCAACAGGACCAAAAGUCUCCCUCCCACAAAACAAAGAGGCAGCAGCAGGAGCUGAUCGCGGAGCUGCGCCGGCGGCAGGUGAAGGACAACAGGCACGUGUACGAGGGGAAGGACGGGGCCAUUGAGGACAUCAUCACAGAUCUUCGGAACCAGCCAUACCGCCGAGCCGACGCGGUGAGGAGGAGCGUCCGGCGCCGCUUCGACGACCAGAACCUGCGCUCCGCCAGCGGGGCCGAGCUCACCAUGUGA